AUGGCCAUUUUAUCAGGGAGUACAGAUCACAGUGGUGUUUUAUGAAGUUUCAGUUACAAACCGGAUGGCCGUCCAGUUUAGAAAGAGUGGUGGCAGACCUAGGAUUGAAAAUACUGCCAUUUUAGCAGGAGCAGAGGGAGUGAAAGAUUUACAUAGGUAAAACAAAGCCAAAGCAGGAUUUAACUUUGGAAUGCAGGACAUUUAUAUGUUUUAAAUGAGAGUUUGUUGUCAAGCCAGAUACCAAGACAAAAUCAAUCUCAAUACUGUGCAAGGAAGAGAUUUUAAAGGGGCUCUCAACGUGUGGUAAGUUUCUGGUACAAACAACAACAACAUACAUUUAGUUUAGUCUCUGUUCAAAAGCAAAUGCAAUGCAAAAGCUUGUUGGAUUGAAGUUAAACUAGCCUACAGUGAAGACAGAGGAGUAGUGAGGGAGGGACUAGAGGUAUGGAUGAUGGUAUCAUCAGCAUAUGCAAUGUGAACAUGAGAACCACCUACUACAAGUGGAAUGUUAUUGAUAUUAAUGCAAAAAAAAGGAGUAGGGUCUUAUGACCUUAGGUGAGAGUUGGAAUGUAAACAGACCAGUCAGGAGUUUUGCCUUUCGACUCAACUUUCUUUACCAUGAUGAACUGAACACCCCCAUUAUUGUGGGCAAGGUCCUGAUCCGUAAAGCCAUCACCUGCUCUAUCCUACCAUCAAAUGUGAACAAGACUUUUAGAUCAAAAAGAAUGAAGAACCCGUUCAGAGGACCUACUUAUUUUUUUCUUUUUGAUUGUUCUACCUGGAUUACUGAGAUGCACCAGGACAAGGCUUUUAGAUAUUUGAACUACUCUGCUUUAAGCAAAGACUCGUCUUCAACCCGGAGAGAGUAUUCAACUUUUUCUGGUUUAGAACCAUGUCUUCAUAUUUAGAGGAGCUGAUUCACAUCCCAACCGUUUCAUUAUCAGCUGAAAACRGACCCAAUGCAUGCUGAACACCAUGGUUUGAGACACCAAAUGAACUACAUCAUCUGCAAAAAGCAGAUGUUAAAUUCCAGACACUCUCCUCUCUAUGAUGUUGCCUUAAGAUUCUGUCUGAACACCACAAACAGAAUCAGAAACAAGGGAAAUUCCUGCUAGAGUUCAACCUGCACUGAGAUUGAGCUCUACUUUGUCUACUUUCUGCCUUGGUUAUAGAAGAACCAGACACCAUCCUAUCCAUCAGCUUCUGCUUGUUGUUGCAGGGGCAGCAGCUCAAGCAGGGAGGGCCAGACCUCUCUUUCCCCAGCCAACUCUUCCAGCCCUCCUGGGGGAAUUUCAAGGUGUUCCCAGGCCACACAGAAGACAUGGUCUCUCCAGUGUGUCCCAGGUCUUCCCCAGGAUCUCCUCAUUGUUGGACAUGAAGCACCUCCUAGGGAGACAACCUUACCAGGACCUCUUGAUGUAGAGGAGCAGCAGCUCUCCUCUCUCCUGGUUAACUGAACUUCUCGCUCUGUCUCUAAGGGAGAGUCCAGCUGCCCUGCAGAGAAAACUUAUUUUGACUGCCUGUGUCGCAGAURUUGUUCUUAAAGUCACUACUCAAAGUUUGUGGCCAAAGUGAGGGUGGGAGAAUGACUGACCGGGUAACAGAAAGCUUUGCCUUACAGCUCAGCUUGCUCUACACUACUGAAGACCGGUACAGAGUCUGCAACACGGCAGAAGUCUCUGAAUCCCACGCUCAAUUCUUCUUUCACCCAACAUUGAGGUGAAAUACAGUAAAUACAGUACAGUCAGUACCUCUCAACUUCACACAAAAGCUCAGGCUCCUUCCUCACCAGAGAUGUAAUGUUCCAUGCCCCAAGAGCCAGUGUUGGUAAGCCAGGGUCAGAGCCCCAACGUCCCCAUUUUUGUCUGCCGCACAUGACAUCAUAUGACCACUCCUACAGGUGGUGGGCUCACAGGAAGGCAAACCCAUGUUCAUUUGGGCUCAACCCAACUYGACCCCAUGGGUAGAGACCUAGUUACCAGGCGUUCACCAACGAGGCAUCUCCCCCAGGCCUGGCUCCAGGGUGGGACCCCAGUAGCCUACAGCUGGGAACUCACAAAUACACAAGCUGACCUGAGAGCUGAAAAUGAGGCGAAGCAGCUGCUGGUUGGGUUUGUUCACGUUCGGGCUCCUCACGGUUCUGUGCCGAGGGUCCAGGCAGUGUGUGUCCGGGGUGAUACUCAACGUGAUCCUCCUCGAGGACGAGGAGUCUCCCUGGAGCCUGAAGUACGUCAAGAGAGAAAUACUGGAGGCUAUCCAGGAAGAUGCUGCCAUUAAUGUUGCAGAAGGGAUGGGAUUUAACCUCACAGCCAACUUCGAAGGAUUCAACACAACUAUUUACAGACAAAAAGGUUGUGAGAGUAGCGUUUGUGAGGGAGUGGAGAAGCUGACCAAACUGAUGCUUUCCGAUAAGCUCGGUUGUGCUGUGCUCGGGCCAACCUGCACCUUAGCUACGUUCUCAAUAGUUGAUUUAGAAAUAGGCCUGAACCUCCGGACGCCCAUCAUGUCAGCGGGAAGCUUUGGCCCCUCCUGUGACUACACUCACAACCUGCAGCGGCUCCUGCCACCGGCGCGCAAGAUCUCAGACUUCUUCAACCACUUCUGGCAGGAAAAAAACACCAUCAAACCCAAGUGGGAGACGGCCUACAUUUACAAAAAACAGCACAACCUGGAGGAUUGCUUUUGGUACAUCAAUACACUGGAAGCAGACGGCAAGUUUGCCAAAAACUUUUCUGUAUCGAUGCUGCGGAAACCUGGAGAGCUGAUAGACAUUGUCACGCCACAGAAAAACAGGACAAGCAACUUGGUCAUCAUGUGCGGCUCACCCACGGACCUACUGGAAGUGAAAAACGGCUCGAAAGCUGCCGACAGCAGCACUUUUCUCUUCAUCCUCAUUGAUCUUUACAAUGAUAUUUACUACACCAACACAACAUCACUGCCAGAGAUGAGGAACGUGCUGGUGCUCACCAUGCCCGACACCAGAAAGUACAAAAUCAACUCUGACCUCAAAGACAACAACACGAUGAACGACUACAUGGCUGCGUACCAUGACGCGGUGUUGAGGAUAGGCCAGGUGAUGAGAGAAAUCUCUUCAACAAAUCAGUCGGAAAUUCAACAAAUGGACUUUAUGAACGUGAAUUACUUCCGAAACACCACGUUUAAUGGGACUGCUGGAGAUUAUAAACUGGACAGUCAUGGUGACAGAGACGUAAAUCUCACGGUCAUUUACACCACAACAAACAACAAGUAUGAAGUUUUAUUCACCUUUGACACAGAGUACAARGAAACCAAAGUGGAGGACAAGGAUCCUAUUUUCAUCUGGGGAAAAAGACUUCCUGAGGCCAAACCAGARACGGAUCCUGCUCCUCACGACAUCAUCGUAGGUGUGUUGGCCGUCACAGUGGUGGUCGUGGCGACGAUUGCGUUUAUUUUCUACAGACAGAACAGGAAGGAUCGUCUGCUCAGGAAGCGUUGGUCCCACAUCAACUUAGACCUCAUCACUCUGCUGGAGGACAGUGAACACAAUGUUAUCUCCCUGAAGAUWGAAGAGGAGAGGAAAGUGAAAUUUGAGAUCCGCCGUGCUCUCUACGAUAAGAAGAUUGUGAUUCUGAAGGACCUGAAGAACUCAGACGGGAACUUUAAUAAAACCCAGAGGAUAGAGCUCAAUGCGCUUCUGCACAUCGACUAUUACAGCCUCACUAAGUUUUAUGGCACGGUCAAGUUGGAUGAGGGAGUGUUUGGAGUGUUUGAGUAUGGAGAGCGGGGGUCUCUCAGGGARGUGCUAAAUGAGAAGGUGUCUUACCCAGAAGAGACCUUCAUGGACUGGGAGUUCAAAAUCUCUGUCAUGUAUGACAUUGCCAAGGGCAUGUCCUACCUCCAUGCCAGUGACAUCCAAGUCCACGGUCGCCUCAAGUCCACCAACUGCGUGGUGGACAAUCGCAUGGUGGUGAAGAUCACAGACUUCGGUUGCAAUGCCUUUCUUAGCAGCAGCCAAGAUUUGUGGACUGCACCGGAGCACCUGAGGGACAAGAGUACUUCUCAGAAAGGAGACGUCUAUAGCUUUGCCAUCAUCUGUCAGGAGAUUGUUCUCAGAAAGUGCACGUUCUACAGCCGGUCCUGCUCCAAUCGAACAGAAAAGUUGUCCAGAGUGAUGACGUCCUACUUCAGGCCUGAUCUCAACUUUGAGACUACUUCGGAGAAAGAACUGGAGGUGUACAUGAUGAUCAAAAGCUGUUGGGAUGAGGAUCCAGAAAAAAGACCAGACUUUAAGAAAGUUGAAAACUGCCUGGGGAAAACRAUCAGCAAAAUUCACAACCAGGAYAACGAGAGCUACAUGGACAACAUGAUCCGAAGGCUGCAGAUGUACUCCAGAAACCUGGAGCACCUGGUGGAGGAGAGAACUGUCCUCUACAAGGCAGAGAGGGAUCGGGCCGACUGCCUCAACUUUCAGCUGCUUCCUGGUCCUGUGGUGAAAAGUCUGAAAGAGACGGGUGUGGUGGAGCCUGAGCUGUACGACGAGGUGACCAUUUAUUUUAGUGACAUCGUCGGCUUCACCACCCUCUGCCAGUACAGCACGCCCAUGGAAGUGGUGGACAUGCUGAAUGACAUUUACAAGGGCUUCGACAGCAUCGUCGACCACCAUGACGUGUACAAGGUGGAGACCAUAGGGGARGCCUAUAUGGUUGCUUCUGGCCUGCCGAAGAGAAACGGGAACAGGCACGCUGUGGACAUCUGUCACAUGGCGCUGGACAUUUUAGCCUUCAUGGGCACCUUCCAGCUUCGACACCUGCCUGGUAUCCCGGUGUGGAUUCGCAUUGGUGUUCACUCAGGUCCUUGUGCAGCAGGUGUUGUGGGGAUGAAGAUGCCCAGAUAUUGUUUGUUUGGAGACACAGUCAACACAGCGUCUCGCAUGGAGUCUACAGGACACCCCCUGAGGAUUCACGUCAGUGAGCCUACCAUCAACAUUCUGCAGAGGACGGACUGCAAGUUUGAGUACGAGAUGAGAGGAGAAACGUAUCUGAAGGGUAAAGGCAUGGAAACAACUUACUGGUUGACUGGAGAAACUGGGGAAGACUACGACCUCCCUACUCCACCUACCACAGAGAACGUCCAGCGUCUGCAGCAGGACCUGGCCCACACCAUCCUGGCGUGUCUYGAGCGCCGCUCCCGGGGGUCCGUGCGGAGGAGGAAGAGGACGUUCGGGAACGGAGGGAAGGUGGGGGGCGACGAAGACCAGGAGUCAGAGUCUGAGAGCAGCCAGCCCGAGUACCUGCACCUGGCCACCGUGGACAACACCCUCAGCACUUUCCUGUAGGACCACCGGAGUUCCUGCAGAGCUCUGCAAAAACACACAAACAUCGGCCGGCAGGUGGAGGACAAGAUGAAGAGAAACAAACACCUGCUGGAAUUUAUUCUAGAAACUCACCUUCUGCUGUAUUUGCUCAAUUUAUCCAUCUUGUUUUGUAUCAUAAUGACAGGUUGUUCAAUCUUUGUAAUGUUUUUAUUUAUAUUUCAGAGCUUUGAAGAGAAAUAAGAGUUUAAAACACUCUCUAAAACAAAGGAUUUUUUAUUUUUGUAGACAACAAUGACAAUCAUCUACAGUAAAAAAGAAAAAAAAAGGUUUUUUUUGUAGUGUGGUGCUCAGAUCAAACAUUUUUAUACAUCAAACAACAAAAAAAAACUCAUCUGUUGUUACAAUUCAUGUGUCACGUGGUUUUGUGUUCACAAAGUACAUCAGCGGACAGAGAAUGUUGAUUGUUCAAGGCCCUGUGACAUUACACAAC